GCUAUCAUUUAUUUCUUUACACCACCUAACUGAACUCCAAAAUUCAACCUUUCAAACACCAAAAACCGAGAAACGAUCACAACAAUGGAGGAUUCCAAUAAGGAGAUCAUUUCAAGGCGACCAAAGGGUGUCGUGACGAAGCCGUGGCUCGUGGUUUCGCAAUUUGGGGAGUCGCGGAUCGAAGAGGUUGGGAAGCAUUCAAUCAUGCGCAGGACAGGGAUUCCUGCGCGUGAUUUGAGGAUUCUUGAUCCUACGCUUUUGUACCCAUCUACCAUACUUGGGAGAGAGAGGGCAAUUGUGGUGAACUUGGAGCAUAUCAAAGCUAUCAUCACUGCAAAUGAAAUGCUUGUUCUUAAUCCCAAGGAUCCUGGUGUAGCUCCUUUUGUUCAAGAACUUGAGCACAAACUUUGUAAUGUUGAUACUCCAAGCAAGACUGGGAUUGAUGGAAGUGAAAAGACAAUAGAAGACUCACCAUUACCAUCUAAGGUGGGGGUGCCACAAGAAGCAAGUGACAACAACAGUCCUAAAAUUUCAUUCAACACAUCAUCAAAAGUGGGCAGCUCAAAGGUACCACCUUUUGAGUUCAGAGUGCUUGAAAUCUGCCUAAAGUUUGUUUGUAGGUGUCUUGAAUCAGAGACGAGCACACUAGAGUUAGAAGCAUAUCCAACUUUGGAUGAGUUAUCAGUAAGUAUCAGUACACUCAAUCUUCAACGUGUCAGAGCUAUUAAGAGUCGUUUGGUUGCUGUGACAGGCCGUGUCCAAAAGCUGAGAGAUGAGCUUGAACAUUUAUUGGAUGAUGAUAUGGAUAUGGCGGAAAUGUACCUCACUGCUAAGCUCUUUUCUCCACAAUUUGAAGAUUCCAAACCAAAACAUAGUAACAUAGAUGACGAUGACACUGUCGUACUAGAAGAUCACAGUGAUGAAGAAGAGAUAAGGAGCAACAAAAGUACCAGUGGAGUAGGGAAUAGACAGAAGCCAAAGAUUGAAGAGUUGGAGAUGUUAUUGGAAGCAUACUUUGUCCAACUUGAUGGAGCUUUGAACAAACUAUCCACUAUGCGGGAUUACGUGGACAAUACGGAAGACUACACCAACAUAAUAUUGGAUGACAAACAGAACCAGAUGCUGCAAUUAACGGUUGUCAUCAGUAUUGCACGUGUACUUGUCAAUUUUAGCGAUGUGAUUGGAAAUGUUCUCAGCAUGAACAUCGACAUCCCUAUCACUCUCAACGGAGUCCCCCUCCAAUUUGAUGAAUGCCUAAUUGGGAUGGUUGUUGGUUUUUUUGUUUUAUUUUCUAUCUCCCUCUUCGCCCUCAAGAAAAAAGGGCUACUCGAAUGAUCAAGCCUUUCAACAGGUCAAGUGAUACACUGUUGAUCUCCAAAGUAUGCGUUUCGUGUUAUUUUGAUUCAUAAUAUUUCAAUUGUGUCAAUUUGAUUAUCAACUUAAUCAAUUUUUAUCGACAUUUAAACAUAAAUUGGAGAUCAAAUUGACACAACUAAAACAUUAGAGACCAAAAUGAAACAGAGCGCAUACUUGGGGAUCAACAGUGUAUUUAAUCCAUGCAAUAAUAGUAGUAUUACACUUUGUAAUAAGAACGGGAUACUUGGGUUUUAGACCUCUGAAAAAAAGCAGUUGUAACUGGUGUAAAUUUGGAUUAUAGUAUGAUGCUGCUAAA